GAAUAAACACACUAUCGAAUGUCAAUCAGCUGUUGGUACGCUUUUAUUCAAACGUUUUCAACUGUGUUCUAUGAAGAGCAAGUGAAGAGAUUAAAAUACAACUUUCUUGCAUUCCCUUUAAUAAACAUAACUUAAAUGCCAACUCGUCCGUAUAAACAAAAAGUCUGCACGAAAAGCGGGAGAGAUAUUGUUGAAAAUGAUAGGGAUUCAACUAAUGAUAAUAAUUCGUCGGGGUUAACGAAAAGAGGAGGUGAUAAUUUGUUGGAUAGACUGUUACUGCAUAAUUCGGAGGAUCUAACGCUACGUGAACGGCAUUGCUUAUUCCCCGCCUUCAAUGUGAGUCAAAAACCCAUAAACAGUCUCAAUGAGUUGCGAUUGUACCCGGAAUGCACAGUUUCGACGCCGUGCCCCAUUUAUAUAGCUGAGAAGCACUGUGGGAGUGUAGACAUAUGCCACCGACGUACAAUGGCACGGGAAAUAUAUCGUAAGCGUUUAAACACAUCGCGGACACGUUACCAUACAGUGCAAAAAGAUAAACGGUUAAGGACUGAUGAGAAAAAGGGAAGCUAUUAUACUUCUGUUUUCGAUUUGGCUAAACGUUUAGAAUGUGAUCCAGAUCCAUAUUUUCAUGGGAGCUACGAUUACUAUUAUACCGGAGGGAAUCUUUGUGUAAUGGAUGACGGGAGCCAUGUGCUACAUGUUGAUAACGAAAAUUUGGAUAACUUAAAUGUUGGUGCUCUGCCCAAAUUUACGAGUUUCUCCAACAGCUUCCUGGAUCACAUAAGCUCACAACAGCUGAAUACUGAUAGUGAAAUAUUUGAACUGCGACCCAUACGAAACCUUCACGUUGAGUGUUCAAACUCCUUUGCUGUACGGACACGUAACACUAUCACAUUGCACACACUGCUACCCACAGGCACGACGAAAGGGGUUAUGCGUUUCAAAACCAAUUCUACACCAUUCAUUAGUUUUGCGCAGUCAACCGUCGAUUCAAGUACAUUCAUUAUUACAACAAUGAAACAAAGUGUUCGGGUGUAUGAUCUGAAUACUUCCACACCCGUACUUUCGGCACAACAUGAUGUGUGUACAAGGGAUGAUAUCAACAGGGUAAGUUGGAAUAUGGUAAGACCUUGGCAGGGUCAAACGUUUGUGUAUGCCAACGAGAAGAAACUUCUCUUAAUAGAUACGCGAACUACACCGGAUCAAUGGUUGAAAAGUAGUUGUGGCUACGAAACCCCGGAAUAUAAAUGCGAUUUUAUAUCAUCUAUUGCCAAAAGUGAAUAUCGGGAUUUAGUGUAUGUAGCGACCAACCAUAAGUUACAUUGCUUAGAUUUGCGUUACAUAGGAGGUGAUUUUGAAUCCAGUGCUGCUGCAAUAUGUCGUUGGACACAUCAACUACAGUAUGCACCUGCUUUUGUUGAAACAUUCCGCUUUGGAGGCGUAGAAUUUAUAGCGCUUAGUAGUGCCUUAUCUGAUGACAUGAUGAUCUGUGAGUUGACACGUGAGCAUUCAGCACAAAUUGUCAAUGAAGAAGAGUCGAUCAUCGGUAACUCGCCCGGAAAGAUACAGACCGGGAAGUGUGAAUAUAAAUCCUAUUGCUUGCCAUAUCAACCACCCACGCUGCAGGAAGCUUACCAUAAAGCGCGUGUAGCGGGCAAAUGUUUGCAGCCAGAUGCUGACUUGACAUCGCGUAUGUCCCGUUGCACGACCGGUUUGGCCUUCUACGACACUGAAACAUCAGAAUGUAUUGGUAAAGACGAUUCUGACACUUUUGCUUUGUUGCUCACAUCAAAUUCGAUUGGUGACGUGUACGCGCGCCGUUUGAUCGCAAGAGAUACACAGGAGGUAGAAACCUGCACAAGGGAUGAAAAUGCUGGUGAAGAUACAAUGCAUGUGUUUGCUGACCGCGUUUGCGAACGCACGCAGACAAAUUUAAACUGUACUGAAGUGGUGAAUUUAAGAGCUAUGCGUAAAGUUUUUCGGUGUAACGCUCUUAGCAACCCAAUAAACUUUGAAGAUGGUGAUGACGAUGAUGAUGACAAAGCCGAAGUGAAGAAAAUACCACGUAAAAGGCAUGCUUUAGGACGUUGGCAGAAACCAGUCGAAACAUUAUAUUCAUAUAAAGACGCUUUAGUGAAAGAUCUACUCUCUAUUUGGGAUAUUGAUUAUGAGGAUAAUAAAAAAUAUGAGUUAUCAUUUUCUCAUAUCAAGAAACGGUUGGGCGCUGAACCUAAUGCUGAAGGCAUUGUUAGCUCCUGGUUAGAAAAGAACAUCAAAGUAGAGGGCGAACCGCAAAAAAGUUCUGCUAUUAAACAGCAAUCCGAACAGUUAGCAUCACAGCAGCGGGAUUUGCCUCCUCAGACUGCAAGCUCAGCUAUUAAACAACAAUCCGAACAGUUAGAAUCACAGCAGCGGGAUCAGCCCCCUCAGACUGCAAGCUCAGCUAUUAAACAACAAUCAGAACAGUGGGAAUCACAGGAGCAGGUUCUGCCUCCUCAGACUGCAAGCUCAGCUAUUAAACAACAAUCCGAACAGUUGGAAUCACAGGAGCAGGUUCUGCCUCCUCAGACUGUAAACCCAGAUAUUAAACGGCAUUUCGAGCAGUUCGAUUCUACUACUGUUGUAAUGGUCCAUGUUCCAUGUGCCGAUAUAAAUCAGUCCAUUAAAAUGGAAACUUCCUUUCAUUUUGAAGAUGACACUGCUGAUCCAAAUAACUCAUUCUUAAGUGAAUUUAUGCCGUAUCAACAUUCUACUCAACUGAUUAAUACUAUAUCGAAUAUGCCUGAUUCACCCACUGAACAGGAAGAGUUUAUCUUAUUGACGCCAAAGAAGAAGCCGGCUAAGAAAAAGUCAAAAUAUGUUAAAGGUUUUUAAUUAAGUUUAUUUGUAUAUAACUGUAUAUCUGAGUAAAACAAAUAUUAAAUAUGUAUGAGUUAUUAAGAAG